AUGACGUGGAUGCCACGUGCUAGACAGGUCACCCGCCACGCUGGCUACGCGCCAAAACUGUGGUUUAAACGAAAGGGCAUUGCAUUUUUAGGGCGGAAGCGUUUUGUUGAAGAGGGCGGCGAUGAGGCGAUCCCAUACAAACAAAGGGAAGUCUUUCUGAUUUCUUUUCUGGAGCUCCAGGCUUACGAUCCAGUUGCUUGCUCUACAUUCCAAGCGAGUCCGUAUGGAUUGACCAUUCCUGACAUCAAGCGAAGGUUUUGCAUCACCCAUGCUGUAAAGAGAUACUUUCCUCAAGGGCAUCACGACAAUUUUGCCGACAGUGGAUGUCGUAUCCGAGAUUCGUCGCCGCCAAAGAGAACAUCCGGGAAGCACAUAAUUUCUGGUCCCCAUCGCUGUUCCGUGACGCAGCGGAACGUGAUAAAUGGAACAAUUGAUGCCAAUGAUUUGGUGCGCCGGCCAAACAGACGAGGACCCCAGCAGCUAUUCCCGAUUUCUCACUACAACGAAGACAUCGUUGCCGGGAGAUUUCAUCCGAAAGAGACGAAAUGGGAUCGGAAGCUCACGCUUGGCUACCCCGCGUUUGAUCGAGAAGAAGUUCGUGAGAACUUGGUGAGAGGUAAACAGGCCUCGCGUGAACACGCCGCUCACAGGCAGCGGACGCACGCAGUAUUGACAGAGUACCUGUAUGAUGCCAAAGACAGAGCCGGCGACGUUUUCAACAAAGACGAAUUCACCGGCAGACGCCAACUAUGGGCUUCUACACAUUGAGAGUUUCAAAGUCAUCCAUCGAUUUGCCACGAGAUAAACGCUACACUCGUCUCAUCGAUCUACAAUGUAGAUUCUCUAGGUUGCUUUUUCUAUGUUGUGAAUAUACCUGAAUCUGCCA